AUGACAAGAGUAAGAGUCUCCCAAAAAUCUCUCGUCCUUUGUACAUUGAUAAACGAAGCAAUCUCGAAACUAACAAACAGUUGUAAAGGAGGCUCGGAACUAAAAUAUUUAUGGGGUGACGCCCUUUCAGACGAUCCCAGUUGCGUCGGACCCACAAAUCAUCCAUAUCCAACUGAAGCCAUAGCAAAAUCCUUCAAAAGCAACAAUCCUUGGCAAGGCAGUUUUAGAACAGGCAGAUCACAAAGGACGAUAGAUCCUUACCGGACAAGAUCAGCUUUAUUGGCUGCUUAUGAACAAAACCGAAAUGAUGGUGAUAGUUUGUUGAGUACAUCUUCAAGGCAAGCUCGAUCUCCAAAUUUAUCAACAUCAACUUGCAGUGGCACUCCAGGCAGAUUAUGUAAGACCAGAUACAACACUACAGCCCCCAUGUACGGAGUCUCGUUAACAUCUGGACAACCAGUCACUAUUGUACAGAAAUUUCCAGAUCUUUUGCAACAAGUUGUAUUUGAGGUUUGUGAAAGUUCAGAAUGCGACUUGGUAAGAGGAGAAUGCACCCAAACCUAUGUACCUUAUUUGUUUCUGGUAAUCCCUCUUGGUCCGGUAACUCUAACAGGACAAGAUUAUGUCUUAGUUGAAAGUGGUUGCGUUUGCCGCCCAAAAUCGAGCUCAAAUUUACUAAUGAAUAAUAAUAAUAACAAUCAAAUUCCCAUAUCGUCCAUUCCAAAAUUGUAAAUAAAUUUAAUUUAAUUUUAAUUAUUUAUUGUAAGUUUAUUUUUCUGUGCGACUGUUUUUUUUUGUGUUAAUGUAUUAAUAAUAAUUUAUUUUGUAUAAAUUAGUUUUAUUCAAGGUUUUAUUAUCUGGGCUGUGACUAGAGUCCACGUCAAGUCC